AUGCCUAGCGGUAUGUUGGACAAGACUUGGACUGGGGGAAAGAAGGGAUUCGACAAGGUCUGGGGAUGGGCGGAUAAGCUUGGAGCACCAGUGAAUAAAUUAUCAAACAAACUUGGCGCAGAAGCGUUCUGGCCAACGACGCUUGACAAGGAAUGCGACAAGGCGGCACGAAUUUUGAAAAGCUUUUGCAAGGAUGGGUUCUAUGAGGAGACGGUCCAAAAGGGCGUCGACGGCCCGAAACAGAAGCAAAAAGUGCUGAAGAAGAUUCCAUCAGAGGUAAUUGCCAAGGCUAAGGGUUUAGCAAUCUUUACCACGAUGCGUUCAGGUCUAUGGAUCUCAGGCGCAGGAGGAAGCGGUAUUCUUGUGGCGCGAAAAGCAGAUGGCACAUGGUCUCCGCCGUCUGGUAUUCUUCUCCACACCGCAGGGCUAGGCUUUCUGGUUGGAGUGGACAUUUACGACUGCGUCGUAGUCAUCAACACUGAAAAAGCACUCGAGGCAUUUAUGAAGAUUCGAUGUACGCUUGGAGGCGAAAUCAGCGCCGUAGCAGGCCCGGUCGGCAUUGGUGGUGUUGUUGAAUCUGAAGUGCACAAGCGACAGGCUCCUGUCUGGACGUAUUUGAAAAGCCGCGGCUUCUAUGCUGGUGUGCAAGUGGAUGGAACCGUCAUCAUUGAGCGAACGGACGAGAAUGCUCGAUUUUAUAGCCAGAAAGUUGGAGUCAGGGACAUUCUGGCCGGCAAUGUAAAUUUCACGCCAUAUACUACGCGGAUGUUUAUGGAGACGCUCAAGGCGGCACAAGGAGACCGCAAUAUUGAUGAGUCUAUCCUGCCUUCAGAGCCUGCGCCGGGCGACAUGGAAGUCGAAAAGCAGGGCCACAUUUUCGGCGUGCCAGACGAAGGUGACGAAGACCCGUACGGAGUUUUGGCUCUGGAGCGAGAAGGCAUGGAAAUCAGGGAAGCGGGUACAAAUUCGCGGCCGACCAGCGAGCAAUUUGAGUAUCGACCUGCUCCCACGAGUCCUGUGUAUGCCACGUUCAAUCGACGAAGUACGGAGAGUUCGUCUCAAAAGUAUGGCGAGGGGAGUCGCCGAGUCAGUCGCAUGAGUGCAGUGAGCAACGAUGUCGGUACGCAAACAGCAGAGAAUGAGCAAGAGCUGCGCAGCCCCGUGUCCAGAUCAUCUUUGAAGAAGGACGCAGGAUAUGCUGAUGGACUGGUAACGUCACCAACAGUAUCCAUCUCCGAGCAGGAAGAGCUUGCACUGGAAAAGCAGAAAACCCACGAUCAGCCAUCGCCAUCAAAACGCGCAGCUGAUGACGAUGAUGAGAAUAACCACAAACAAGAGAAUGGCCACGGACCUGAAAACGAAAAUGAAAUGUCUACUAUCCCUCUCGACGACGAACGCGAUCACGAACAUGAACACGAACACGAACAGACGGCCGCUUCUCACGAUGACAUUUCCACCGAAGCAGUCCCCGUCCAAACCGCGGCUCAGCCACAACGCAUCUCUCGAGCCCGCCUCGUCACCAUUCCCAAGCGCAUUCCGCCCGCUCUUCCUCCCCGCAAUCCCGGCCGCCGCAUGCUUAAUGCCGAGCCCACCUCGUCACAGGAGGUUUCUUCAUCAGAUGCAUCGUCGCCAUCAGCCACUACUCCUGCUAUCGAAGCCGGGGCAUCUGAAGCUCAUGAAAAUCAUGAGACUCCCACAGCCCUUCCAGCGGACGAAGCAUCCGCGCAAUCCGAAACCCCAACCUCAACCUCUGCCACCCUCCCUGGCUCCUUUGCCGACGAUGACGACGAAGAAGACGAAGCCGGAUUCCAGCGCGUCAGCAUCAUUGCCAACCAUCGCUCCUCGCAAUCUGCACCUGCACCUGCAGAUAGCAAUGUCAAUGCCAACCAUGAGGCAGAAGCAGCAAAGGAAGAAUCCGCACCGCUCACAACAACCGAAUCUUCUUCUGCUUCUGCAAAAGCGCCCGCAAAUAAUAACACCCUCGAAGGCGACGAAUUCCAUUCUCUCCCUCCUUCGCCAGACCGUCCGGCCUCUCCUGCCGCACCAAUACUCGAGUCGCAUGCUGCAUUCAACCAUGACAGUCACAAUGGUGUUGCAGAGGCGAAGACUGAAAACGGCAGUGCUAAGAAAGAUACGGAAGACAAGGAAGAUUUUUCGUAG